UGUGUUCUCUCCCAGGACAACCAGGCAGACAGUGGGAUGGUUCUGGCUCUGUGUUCUCUCCCCAGGACAACCAGACAGACAGUGGGAUGGUUCUGAUUAGCUACUGUGUUCUCUCCCCAGGACAACCAGACAGACAGUGGGAUGGUUCUGGCGUCUGUGUUCUCUCCCCAGGACAACCAGGCAGACAGUGGGAUGGUUCUGGCGUCUGUGUUCUCUCCCAGGACAACCAGGCAGACAGUGGGAUGGUUCUGAUUGCUCUGGUUUCUCUCCCCAGGACAACCAGGGCAGACAGUGGGAUGGUUCUGGCUCUGUGUUCUCUCCCCAGACAACCAGGCAGACAGUGGGAUGGUUCUGAUUAGCUACUGUGUUCUCUCCCCAGGACAACCAGGCAGACAGUGGGAUGGUUCUGGCGUCUGUGUUCUCUCCCCAGGACAACCAGGCAGACAGUGGGAUGGUUCUGGCGUCUGUGUUCUCUCCCAAAGGACAACCAGGCAGACAGUGGGAUGGUUCUGGCGUCUGUGUUCUCUCCCCAGGACAACCAGGCAGACAGUGGGAUGGUUCUGGCGUCUGUGUUCUCUCCCCAGGACAACCAGGCAGACAGUGGGAUGGUUCUGAUUUGCUACUGUGUUCUCUCCCCAGGACAACCAGGCAGACAGUGGGAUGGUUCUGGCGUCUGUGUUCUCUCCCCAGGAAACCAGGCAGACAGUGGGAUGGUUCUGAUUAGCUACUGUGUUCUCUCCCCAGGACAACCAGGCAGACAGUGGGAUGGUUCUGAUUAGCUACUGUGUUCUCUCCCCAGGACAACCAGGACAGACAGUGGGAUGGUUCUGGCGUCUGUGUUUGAUCUCCCCGGACAACCAGACAGACAGUGGAUGGGUUUGGGUCGGUCCUCCCAGGACAAAGGCAAGACAUGGGUUGUUCUGAUUGUCUUGUGUUCCGUCUGUUCCAAAAAGAAAAAACAGAACAUGAUGGUCUGAAUAACAACAGCUAUCCUCCCAACAUCCGCAGACGUGGGCAUGUUCUGGCGUCUCGUCUCUCUCCCCGAAACCGCACAGUGGUCUUCUCUCUGUUUCUCUCCCAGGACCCUGCCAGGGGUGUUCUGCGCUCUUCUCUCCUCCCCGACACCGCAGACUGGGAUGGUUCUGAUUAGCUCUGUGUCUCUCUCCCCGACACCAACAGACAUGGGUUUCCUAUUCUACUGUCUUCCCCUCCCAGACCCUCCAUAUUUCUCUGGCUCUGUGUUCUCUCCCCCCAACCCACUGGAUGUUCCUGCCGUCCUGUUCUCUCCCCAGUAGAACAGGCAGACAGUGGGAUGGUUGAGUUAGGCUACUGUUGUCUUCCCCGGAACCAGCACUAUGUUCUGCGCUCUGUGUUCUCCCUUUUCACAGGAUGGCACAGGCAACAGUGGCAGGUUCUGCGUCUUGUUCUCCCCCCCAGGACAAGCAGCGCGUGGGACUGCGUCAUCCUCCCCUGAUGUCUCAUACAGCACCAGCAACGUGGGGGUUCUGCGUCCUUUUCUCUCCCCAGGACACGGAGACAGUGGGAGGUUCGAAGUACUGUGUUCUCUCCCGGACAUACCUGCAACGGAUGGUUCUGAUUACCUGUUCUCUCCCUCAGGACAACCAGACAGACGUGGGAUGGUUCUGAUUAGCUACUGUGUUCCUCUCCCCAGGACAACCAGCAGACAGUGGAUGGUUCUGAUUAGCUACUGUUUCUCUCCCCAGGACACACCAGACAGACAGUGGGAUGGUUCUGGCGUCUGUGUUCUUCCCCAGGACAACCAGGCAGACAGUGGAUGGUUCUGGCGUCUGUGUUCUCUCCCCGGACAACCAGGCAGACAGUGGGGGUGGUUCUGGCGUCUGUGUUCUCUCCCCCCGGACAACCAGGCAGACAGUGGGUGGUUCUGAUUAGCUACUGUGAUCUCUCCCCAGGACACCAGGGAGACAUGGGAUGGUUCUGGCGUCUGUGUUCUCUCCCCAGGACAACCAGGCAGACAGUGGGAUGGUUCUGGGGUCUGUGUUCUCUCCCCAGGACAACCAGGGAGACCCGUGGAUGGUUCUGAUUAGCUACUGUGUUCUCUCCCAGGACAACCACAGACAGUGGGAUGGUUCUGGCGUCUGUGUUCUCUCCCCAGGACAAACCCGGCAACAGUGGGAUGUUUUUGAUAGCUACUGUGUUUUUCCUCCCAGGACAACCAGGCAGACAGUGGGAUGGUUCUGGCGUCUGUGUUCCUCCCCAGGACAACCAGGCAGACAGUGGGAUGUUCUGAUUAGCUACUGUGUUCUCUCCCCCGGACAACCAGGCAGAAAAGUGGAUGGUUCUGGCGUUGUGUUCUCCUCCCCAGGACAACCAGGCAGACAGUGGGAUGGUUCUGAUUAGCUACUGUGUUCUCUCCCCAGGACAACCAGGCAGACAGUGGGAUGGUUCUGGCGUCUGUGUUCUCUCCCCAGGACAACCAGGCAGACAGUGGGAUGGUUCUGAUUAGCUUUCUGUUUUUCUCUCCCCCCAGGCCCAAAAGGCAGACAGUGGGAUGGUUCUGGCGUCUGUUUCUCUCCCCAGACAACCCGGCGACAUGGGAUGGUUUUUGAUUAGCUACUGUGUUCCUUCCCCAGGAAACCAGGCAGACAGUGGGAGUUCUGGCGUCUGUGUUCUCUCCCCAGGACAACCAGCAGAAAAGUGGGGGUGGUUCUGAUUAGCUACUGUGUUCUCUCCCCAGGACAACCAGACAGACAGUGGGAUGGUUCUGGCGUCAGAGGAGUUUGAAAUGAUGGAACAGGAACAAAGAAGAGCCAAGUAUGUUUAACAUACCAAUAACAUAAUGCCCUUAAUAUGACAAGGUGUCUGUCUGUCUGUCUGUGUGGGUCCUGUCUGUUUAAAAAAAAAGAAAAAAAAAAGAAAAAUGGUCAGAAAAUAACAACAGCAUAUCCUCCUAACAUCAUCAUCCCUCCUCCUCCUCUCACCUCUCCCCCCUACUCCUCUCCUCAUCCUCUCAUCUCCUCUCCCUUCCUCAUCCUUCCUAUCUUACUCCUCUCCUCUCCUCUCCUCUCCUCCCUACCAUCCCUCCUCCUCUCCGCUCCCUCCUCCUCCUCUCCAUCUCCUCUUCCUCUCCUCUCCCUCUCCCCCCUCCCCUCCUCUCUUCUGUUCUCCCCUCCUCCCCCCUCUCUCCUCCUCCUCUCCUCUCCCUCCUCCUCCCCCAGUAGGAGUACAGUCAGCGCCUGGUGAUGGUUGAGUCCAGUGGUAGCUCCGUUGUCUCCAGACACCAACCAGCCUUCCUCUCUCAGCUCUCUGGUCAGACCUUCUACAACAACGAGUAUGGUCAGCUGUCAGAGGAGGGCAGGGUCCUGGACUUCUUCUCCUCCCCUGACGAUGCACGCUGCCUCGCAUCCUCCAAC